AUGUCCCAUACCAUCACCGUCGGCACGAGCUCAUUCAAGUAUACCCUCCUAUCCGAACCACAAUUGUUAGCCGAGAUUUCUCGUAUUGCUCUCGCACAUUGUAGGGGUACUCUUCACACCGCAUCGUUCCAACCCAAUCAAGCACCUUCGAAUGGUAUUGGCAACCAAGACGUCUCUGUAAUCGAGGAUUGGGAAAUAGAAGGGGAACCAUGGAAAUUGCGAGCGAUAUUUGAUGGACACGCGAAUGGCAAUGAAACUGUCGACUUUGCCUCCCAAACACUUCCUUCCAUGAUCCGAGAUCGUCUAAGCGACAUUGUCAGGACGGAGUCAAUCUCGACCGAAAACAUCAAGAUUUCACUCGCGUCGGCUAUCAUUGACUUGGACAAUUCAAUAACAGAAGGACUAUUCUCCUUAUUCCCCCAAGAGAAGUAUAUCAACAACCUUACCGAUGAGGAAAUCCAGAAGGUAGUCAAUGACAAGGAUACCGGCGGUGCCAAUUUCACCAAAGUCGCGAGAUGCAUGCGAGGAACGACGGCUAUUGUUGCUCUCGUUGGCCCGAAAGGAGAUGUAUGGGUCGCCACAAUUGGCGAUUCUCAAGCAGUUCUCGGUAUGAAACGGGGUGCAGGAGAAUGGUCAGUUAGAGUCCUCAGCUCAAACCACAACGCCAAGGACACGAUCGAAAUCGAGAGAAUCAAGAAAGAGCACCCCGGAGAAGAGCUCGUAGUGACUGAUGAUAGGGUGUUGGGAGUUAUUGCGGUAACUCGAGCAAUCGGCGAUCACCUCUUCAAGCUCCCAUCCGUAUACACUUCUCGCAUUUUCCGCAAUGCCUUCCAAGGUCUCCGUCCUGGAUCAGAAGAGAUGAUAAAGAAGAUCACCGAACGGAAUCUCACCCCUCCUUACCUCUCCAAUUCACCGGACAUCGUACAUUUGAAUUUGAAGGACGAAGGAGCAUCGCAUGCAUGUCUGAUUCUCUGCUCAGACGGUCUCAUGGAUCUCUUCAGUGGUGGGCACAACCGAACUAACGCUCAACCACUGAACAUUUCCAAAAUGGCCGAGUCGUGGAUACGAAUGGUAGCAGAGGAAAGUUUAGUUCCGUCAAGUAACUCUGGGCAGAAUAAUAUUGGGGAUGCAAAAUCUAACCUUGCAUUGCGACUUGUAUACGAAGGUCUUGGGGACUCUAGACGUGAUGAAGAAAGAAUGUCGUGGAUGUUGACUUUAGAGAUGCAGGAAAAAUGGAUGGAUGACACGACUGUGAUAGUUGAGGGUAUCACCUUAUGA